CACAACAAGCGGGUAAUGCCCCCGCAAUAUGAUGCUUAACAUUCCAAUCAGCGUGCGGAUAAACGUCAAAAUGUUCGUAUGGGUCGUUACCUGCCGGUCGUGGGUCAUUGGCGUUGCCUUCCGAUACGUUGCGUAUUACCGAUGGAGUUGACGGCGUCCUCACGAUAACGCGGAUCAGCGCAAGAAGCAUGCGGCCUGGUGAUAUAUUUGAAGAACGGCUGGCGCAGUUGUGAUGUGGUCAUCACCGCCCAUACAUCUGCCGCAUACCCUGAGCCUGACGAACCGCGGCCAACACAUCGAUCUUUCGACUUUGAAUCUACUGAAUCUCAUUUCUACUCCUACGGAACGGAUAUCAUGACGCAAGGCUGGCGACAACUCGAUGUUGGUGUGAUUGGUGGCGGGAUAGGCGGCAUGUCAGUAGGCAUCGCCCUCCGCCGUGCCGGGCACAACGUCACUAUCUAUGAGAAGCACGAUUUUGCCGGUGAGGUCGGCGCAUCGGUUUCUUGCGCAGCAAACGGUACAAGAUGGCUGCAUGAGUGGGGAGUUGAUGUUGCGAAAGGUGACCCUGUGGUCUUGAAGAAGCUCAUCAACCGCGACUGGAAGAGCGGCGAGCCAGUGUCUACGUUCGACCUUGAGGACUAUGAAGAGAAAUGGGGAUACGUGUACAAUAUGUUUCAUCGCCAGUACAUGCACAAGAUGCUGAAAGACUGCGCUCUGCAAGAGGAAGGAGAGGGUACUCCUGCGAAGCUGCUUCUUAACCACGCUUGUGAAAGCAUCGAUCUCAAAGCAGGCACGGUCACAUUUAAGAACGGCGUACAUGCAAAACACGACCUGCUUGUAGGAGCAGAUGGUAUUGGCUCAGCUGUGCGUGGCAUUAUCGGGAUACACCCAGCUAAGCGUCCCGCUGAUUCGAGCUGUCUACACGCCAACGUUAACACCGACCAAGCCGUCAAGCUUGGCCUCGUCGACUAUUCACAAAAUGCUGCUUUGGAGUACUGGGGCGGCCAGGAAGGCAAGUGGGACAAGAUUGUCCUCUCCCCUUGCAAUGGUGGCAAGCUGCUUUCAUACUACUGCUUCUUCCCACGCGAGAAGGGCGACUACACGACACAGGCAUGGGGCACGGAAGACCUACCAGUUGAAGAAUUGCUCGCUCCUUAUCCGGAACUGGACGCGCAGGUCAAAGCACAUCUCGAGAUUGGUAUCGAGGUACAACCUUGGAGGUUGUGGGUCCAUGAGCCCUACCCGUACAUCCAGAAAGGAAACGUCUGCUUGUUGGGCGACGCAGGUCACCCGAUGAUGCCUCAUCAAAGUCAAGGUGCAUGCAUGGCCAUCGAAGACGCCGCUGCCCUCGGGAUCAUCUUCAACAAGUCCUACUUCCAAGGCGAUGUACACGAAGCUCUCGAGACCUACGAGAAGGUCCGAUUACCGCGUGCCACACGCGUCCAGGCUGCUGCUGCGAAAGCGGCCUACAACAUCAACGAGCGCAUUGGAUUCUCGGCGAACAAGGAUAAUUGCUCAACAUACAAAGUUGCGAAUGAGAAGGAGAAGCUAACGAUCGAGGAGAUGAACGCAUACGACAUGUACAAGGACGUCGAAGAGAAGUUGACUCAGAUCAGAGGCGAGAAGUUCCUCGCACCAUUCAUUUCCGGUCUGCCGAUUGGGCUCGAGAUGCCUAAUGGUGUAACUGUUGGAGCUUGAGCGGCGACUCACUGUGAGUCGACUUGUUGAGAUCUAUUCUGUGUUGUAACUUUAGCGUCAUAUUCGAACUUCCGGAU